AUGGCCAAGGAAGUAGUUAGGGUAGAGGACGCAGAAUGUUCGUUAACCCAAGAGAGGCUGGGCGAGUUGGAGAGCUAUUACAGCCUUACGGCCGUGAACCCCACCUUACCCGAAGGCCAUGAGAGAGCCAACACUCCUCCUUCGGGGAAGAUUAUGAUAUACGAGAAGUUUUUGGAAUACGGAUUGCAUUUUCCCUUGAUGCCUAUGUUUAGGAAGAUAGUAGAGGCUUACGGCCGACCCCUGGCCCAAUACACCCCGAACCUUAUAACCAUAGUCCUGGCCUUCGUGCACGUGUGCAACAAGACGGGGGUGGAACCCGAUAUUUUCUUGUUCAGGUGCUUUUACAAGCUCGUCCGAUACGGGAAGAGCUUUCCCGGGUGGUUCAGCUUCACUAAGAAUCUGCACGGACCGUCCAAGGAGUUGGUAGCGAAGAACGAGAGCUCCAAGCAUUGGAGGUCGGGAUUCUUCUACGUGGACGCGAACUUCGUCUCUCUGUUUCCGUGGACGUCGGACGAGGGAGGGACAAUCACCUUGGACCCGUGGACCAAGAAGGACAAGAAAGAUAUUGAAACCCGGAGGAGGGACUUGGAGAAGUUAGCCGGCUGGAGAAAGACCUAUACCUAUAGACAAAUUACGUCGCUAAGCGACGGGAUCAGCUCUCAUAAUCAAGACGAGGAAGAGCAGUACGCCGAAGAGGAGCCGCGAGAGGUCACCCCGCCUGAGACGGGGGCGGCCUCUUCCGAGCAGACGACGAGGACGCCCGUCGAAGGUUCCAAGAGGGGGAGCUCCUCUGGCCGAUCCUCAGGUCACCUUAAGAGGAAGAGGGGGGCCUCGGAGGUUGUGGAGGUGGAUCCGCUGUCCUUUAGCCUCCCAUCGAUCCAUGAGUUGUCCUCCUUGGACGAUCUUCUGAAGGAAGGAUAUGCAGACCCGGGUCGGGGCACCGAUUUGUUCGAGGACAUACCCGCGGGCAACGCUCUGCUAACCUUCGACCCUCCUCGGGUUGAGUGUUCUGAGUUACCCGAGACCGGAGCAAUGAGGCUGGAGGACGGCAUGAGACAGGACGUUCCUGUUGCAGGCCGUGCAGGCAGUCAACACGUUUGUGUUCGUAUGCGCGGGCCUGAGGGAGCAACUGGCCUCGGCCCAGAGGACGGCCACGAGCGAGGCCAACAGGGCCAGGGACAUGGAGGUCAUGUUCAAGGCCUCGGAAGGGAGGAGAGCGCAUUUAGAAGAAGAGAGGAAGCGCCUGGAAGAGGAGGUUGCGAGGGCGAAGGCGGAGCUCAAGGACGUGGAGCUGACCCACCGCCUCGAGAUAGAAAGCUUGCUGGCCACGAGUGUCUCGAAGUCUCGGCUGGACACGUACAUCUUGGCAGGGGUCCAACUGUACCUGGGGUCGACCGAGUUCGCCCUCGGGAUAAACGACAUCAUGGACCCUGCCAUGGAGAGGGGGCGAGGAAGGUCGUUCUGGACAUCGAGGCGGCCCAGAAGAAGACCGAGGACAUCCAGCCCAUCCUCGAAAAGUACGCUGAUAGGGACAGGAAAGGGAAGACGUCCGCAGUGCGACUGCGGUGCAAGGCCCGGAAACACUUCCGGGAUAUGGAUUUCGCCCGUCUCCCCAUCAUGCAGCAGAUUUCCGAAGCCUGCGCCUCCCUUUCGAAGCCCGAGGACAUUCUGAACAUCCCGGGUAGUCCCUCGUUCGUCUUCCAGAGACGCCCCCCCAGCACGCCACCGGGACCGGAGGAGGAACCCGCGAUAGUUGCAUCCGAGCCUCCACCCCAAGGACAUAACUCCGGCAGCCGAGGAGGAGGAGGAACAUCCACGGAUUCCAAUGCCCGCAGUGGAGACAAGGGGAAGGGCACAGCUCCGGACUUCCCCUCUCACCCAGACGGAACCUCCCGAGGGUUGCCCGUGACCCGGGGUCUUUGGGAGACUUCAGGAAUCCCAUGGAUUGACAUGCAGUUGCCCGACCCUCACCACGACCCUACGGCCUUUCCACUUUACGCGGCCGUAGGGGGGGCUUUGGCAGAUCCGAACGUUGAUAGGGGUCGAGGACGACUAUCAGGUCUUGAAGGGCAACUCGAAGAGGCUCUGCAAACCUUCCGGGCCUCUGAGUUGCACGAGGCACGUAAGACCGUUCUCGAGGCGAAGGCCGAGAACGACCGGUUGGAUAAGUUAUGGCGGGAUACGGAAGCUUAUUGGGAAGACCAUCUAAAGAAUUCCAUACAAUUAGAGAUGUUGGCUAACAACCGCCUUCGGACGUUCGAAGCCAAGAUACGGAAGAAGAAGAAGGACGAGGGUUUAGCCGAACCCGAUCCGGAAGAUUUUAUCCCCCGUAACUACUUUGAGAGCGUGCUGGUACACCUCCGAAAGGCUUACGCCCUGGUCGCCGUAAAGUGGGAUCGUUCCUCUGAUAAGAUCGAGGCUCUUCGGGCAUAUGCUGGACAGCUUCGGACGGCGUUAGAGAGCGCGAUAUCCUUCAUUGUGGAGACGGGAAAGGAAUAUGACUUCGCAGCAUUGUGGCCCGAACCCUGUCCAGCUAUGAGAGACGAGCCCACUUCUCCGACUCGUGAGGCCGAACGCAUGAUAUACGAGAAUGACGCUUUGUUCUUCGAGUUGGGUCAAGGGUCUCGUUAA